GGUUUUAGACUCUCCAGACAGGUCUCACACUCUAUCUCAUCACAAGUAAUGUAACCAUCAAUGUCUGACCAAGGCAUGCACAGAUAUCUACUCAAAGAGGUAUGUUACAUAUUGCUUAUCCUGCAUCUACCAUAUCGAGCUUCCAUUGGAGGAGCCGAAUUCUUGCAGCUUCAUUUUUACAUGGCCCCCCGGUUCACCCGCGCAUCACCUUCCUUCCCCGCCUUUGAAAUGCCGGAUACUCCAGAUACGGAUUCGCACCGUUGAUCGGGACUUACAUGGUGCCACUGAAUCCGCAGAGAACGUUGUAGCUGAAUAUGUGUCUGCUGUGCAACAAUACACAUGUACAAAACAAAUCUAGACUAUUCCCCCGAUGAAAUUUCUGUAUCUCGAUAAUUUUCACAAUUCGUCUUCGGAUCCCAUCUCACAACACUAUCCCUUGAACGCCAAUCAAAUCAUGACUGCAAGUACAGAAACCUCAGAAAAUAUCUCUAUCUCUCCCAAUUCAGAAAUCCACGACGAAAAACCAGCAGUAGCUGAACUCGAAAACCCAAGCACCACUCCCCCAGAUGAAGAAGUCCAGGUGUCAAAAGAACUAGAUCGUCUGAUUAGCAAGAAAUUCGAUAAACAUAUCGUUCCUUGGCUCUUCGGACUAUGGCUCUUGGCUUUCAUCGACCGUUCCAACAUUGGCAAUGCAAAGAUCGAUGGAUUAGCUGCCGAUUUGGGGAUUUUGACAGGAACAAAAUUUAAUAUCGCUCUCGCUAUCUUCUACGUUCCUUAUAUAUGCGUUGAUAUCCCCUCAAACUGGCUCGUCAAGCGCAUAGGCGCAGGCUACUACCUCCCCGCCCUAAUCAUAGGCUGGGGACUCAUAAGUCUCUGCGUCGGGUUUGUCAAGACCUGGAAAUCUCUGCUCAUCGCGCGAUUUUUUCUUGGUCUCAUGGAAGGCGGCCUCCUGGGCGGCAUAAUCAUUUAUCUAGCCAUGUUCUAUCGUCGUCACCAACUCAUGCGACGCAUUGGUCUCUUCUACUGCGCUGCCCCUCUAUCCGGUGCAUUUGGAGGUCUUCUCGCUACGGGUCUCUCGGAGAUUAAAACAAAGGGGUAUAACGGAUGGCCUUUCAUAUUUUUCGUCGAAGGCGGAAUCACACUUCUCUUCGGCAUUGUGACGAUUUUUUUCCUGCCCCAUACACCUUCGCAUUCUAAAUUCCUCACAGAAGAAGAACGCUAUCUCGCGAUCCAUCGCAUGAAACUUGAUUACCGCGGUGCGUCUCCCGUGGCCAAUAUAGAUAAUGAGAAAUUCAGCUGGCACUGGGUGAAGCUCGCCGUCUUUAACUGGAAUACGUGGUUACUUUCUUUAAAUUUCUUUGCGGUGAUCACGCCCAUCUAUUCUUUCUCACUCUUCUUACCCACUAUCAUCACUGCGUUGGGGUAUACGAGGAUAAAUGCAAACCUCCUAACCGUCCCCCCAAAUAUAACCGCGUUUUUCAGUGUAAUCAUCGUCACCUCCCUCUCAGAUCACUUCAAACGUCGCGGACUCUUGAUGCUCAUCUGCGCUAGCAUCGCUAUCAUCGGUUACGUGAUGCUCAUCGCAACCUCAAGACCUCACAUCCAAUACGGCGGAACAUUUCUCGUAGCCGCGGGAAGUUUUGCCUGUCCACCUGUUGUUAUGGGCUGGCUAGCAAACAACACCGCACCACACUACGUACGGGCCUCCGCUUCGGGUCUUCAAAUCGGCCUCGCCAACAUCGCCGCCUUCAUCGCAACAUUCACCUACAUUGCCGCCGACUCCCCUCGCUACAUCACCGGCCACGCCAUCAAUCUCGGUAUGUUGGGUUUGUGUUUGGUCGUGACGAGUAUCACGAUGGUGUAUUGUAAGUGGGAGAAUGGGAAGCGGGAACGAGGGGAGAGGGAUGGGAGGUUGUUGGAGGGGAAUACCGAGAUGUUGGGGCAUAGACAUCCUGAGUUUAGGUAUACCGUUUGAGUUGUAUGAUUGGUGGGUAGGUUUAUUGUAGAUUAUAGGAGAUGAUUGGUAACUGCUUUGAUAGUUAGUCAGAAGGAAGUAAAUAUAUUGAAAUGAGAUCGCAGUAAAGGUACCAAUGAGAAAUAUGAAACCA